CCCCCGCCCCGGACAUGGCGGCCAACAUGUACAGGGUCGGAGAUUACGUCUACUUUGAAAAUUCUUCAAGCAACCCCUACUUGAUAAGAAGAAUAGAGGAGCUCAAUAAGACAGCCAAUGGGAACGUGGAAGCCAAGGUGGUGUGUUUCUACCGGCGGCGGGACAUAUCGAGCACUCUCAUUGCCCUGGCAGACAAACACGCAACAUUGUCAGUCUACUCUAAAACCGGACCAGGGGGAGAAAACGACGAGGAAGGGGAAAUGGAGGAAGAGAUGGAAAACCCGGAAAUGGUAGAUUUACCUGAGAAACUUAAGCAUCAGCUAAGGCAUCGAGAGCUGUUCCUCUCGCGGCAGCUGGAGUCCCUGCCAGCCACCCACAUCAGAGGCAAAUGCAGCGUUACUCUGUUAAAUGAGACGGAAUCCCUGAAAUCUUACCUGGAACGGGAGGAUUUCUUCUUUUAUUCUCUAGUUUACGAUCCCCAGCAAAAGACUCUGCUGGCUGAUAAAGGAGAGAUUCGAGUGGGGAACAGAUACCAAGCCGACAUAACAGAUUUGCUGAAAGAGGGGGAGGAAGAUGGAAGAGACCAAUCAAAGCUGGAAACGAAAGUCUGGGAAGCCUACAACCCGCUAAUAGAUAAGCAGAUAGACCAGUUUCUGGUGGUGGCACGCUCCGUAGGUACAUUUGCCCGGGCUCUCGACUGCAGCAGCUCUGUCCGGCAGCCGAGUUUGCACAUGAGCGCCGCCGCCGCCUCCAGGGAUAUCACGCUGUUCCACGCCAUGGACACUUUGCACAAAAACGUCUAUGACAUCUCCAAGGCCAUUUCUGCUCUGGUGCCCCAGGGCGGGCCCGUCCUGUGCCGGGAUGAGAUGGAAGAGUGGUCUGCUUCCGAGGCCAACCUCUUCGAAGAAGCCCUAGAAAAGUAUGGAAAAGAUUUCACUGACAUUCAGCAAGAUUUUCUCCCGUGGAAGUCCUUAACCAGCAUAAUCGAAUAUUAUUACAUGUGGAAGACAACAGAUAGAUACGUUCAGCAGAAACGAUUGAAAGCAGCCGAAGCGGAAAGCAAGCUGAAGCAAGUGUACAUACCGAACUAUAACAAGCCAAAUCCGAAUCAGAUCAAUGUAAAUAAUGUCAAGCCGGGAGCGGUCAACGGCACGGGCGUCCAGGGCCAGAACCCUGGAGCGGGACGGGGCUGUGAAAGCUGCUACACCACCCAGUCUUACCAGUGGUAUUCUUGGGGUCCCCCUACCAUGCAGUGUCGCCUCUGUGCAUCUUGCUGGACAUACUGGAAGAAAUAUGGCGGCUUGAAAAUGCCAACCCGGUUGGAUGGUGAGCGGCCAGGACCAAACCGCAAUAACAUGAGUCCUCACGGCGUCCCCGUGCGCAACAGCGGAAGCCCCAAGUUCGCCAUGAAGACGAGACAAGCCUUCUACCUGCACACAACCAAACUGACGCGGAUCGCCCGGCGCCUGUGCCGCGAUAUCCUGCGCCCUUGGUACGCGGCCCGACACCCCUAUCUGCCUAUCAACAGUGCCGCCAUCAAAGCUGAAUGCACCGCCCGGUUACCAGAAGCCUCCCAGCGCCCGCUCGUGUUGAAGCAGGUGGUUCGUAAGCCGCUAGAAGCCGUGCUCCGGUAUCUAGAGACCCAUCCCCGUCCUCCCAAGCCAGACCCUGUGAAGACCGCUUCUGGUUCCCUGAGCAGCCUCACCCCCGCCAAGUCCUCUCCGGUCAUCAACAAUGGGUCCCCGACCAUCCUGGGCAAGCGGAGCUAUGAGCAGCACAACGGGAUGGACGGCAACAUGAAGAAGCGCCUUUUGAUGCCUAGCAGGGGAACUUACUUAGGUCUGGCUAACCACGGACCAACCAGACAAAUGGGACCAAGCCGAAAUUUGCUGCUCAAUGGGAAAUCGUACCCAACGAAAGUCCGGUUAAUCCGUGGUGGAUCCAUGCCGCCGGUGAAAAGGAGGAGGAUGAACUGGAUUGAUGCUCCAGAUGACGUGUUCUACAUGGCCACCGAAGAAACCAGGAAAAUCCGCAAGUUGCUUUCAUCGUCGGAGACCAAGCGAGCCGCCCGGCGCCCGUACAAGCCCAUCAUCCUGCGGCAGCCCCCGGCCACACAGCUCCGACAGCCCGUGAACGACGAGCCCAUUGUCAUCGAGGAUUAACGCCAGCCGAGUGGCCACCCCCACCCUCCCCUCCGUCCACCCCCUCCCCGACCCCACCCGACCCCACUCCACAUCCGCCCAAAAGAAUCUCCGCUCCAGUGUCUCUGAGCUUUCCCAGCGACGGCGUCGAGUGAGCCGCCGAAAGGGGGAGAGGAUUACAGCAUCGGCCUGCCCCUCUCCGACCCGAAUCGGGCGGCUUCCGAGACCGAGGACUGUCCGUAUCUCCUUCCUUUCUCUGUUGUCGGUAGUCUUGGCCCCCUUUCCCCUUCACUUGCAGCGAGGCCCGCUCCUUGGGUGGGCAAGCCGGGGUGGUGUUGAGGGGAGAGGGGCGGUUUAACUUAUUCAGAGAAUGCGGAACAGCCAUUUUUAGCCUUUUUGUUUACCCUUCAGAAGAGGUGAAGACAAGGAAUCUUCCACUACGCGCGCCUCCGAGCCCUCGGCAUCCUCAGCAAGGCUAGGAGGCUGCGCUGUAAGAUUUCUUCCUGUUCUGGUGUCGAAGGUGCCAUUUUUAAUUUUAUUUCUACGACUCCUUUUGUAGGGAACUUGAGGUCCGCAGCUCCGUGAGGAACGUUAGGGCCCCAACCGCCAACCGCAAGUUCAGUCGGUCCGUCCGGGGUCUGUCCCUCAUCUUUUCAAAUCACCCUCCUAGUGACCUCUCCUGCCCCGCCUCACCUCCCCGUCCCCCAGCAGUGUUAGCCCCGGGCCCCGGAAGUCGUCGGCUGGGUCCGAGGGCGUGAGCCGGUCAGCCGUCUGCCCGGACUCGAUGGAGGCCCCCGGCCCACCCGGCCCCACUCUGGAGAGCCUGGGGGCGUUGGGAUGGGGCGAGCCAUCAACGCGGGUCCGGGGCCCUCCGGAAACCAGGGGCAAGAAGCGGCUCGGGCUCUGGACCCGGGAGUCCGGCAACCCCGCACCCUUUUCCUCUCCCCCGACCGUCUUGCCCUGGUCCGGAGCCUACAUCGCUUUUGUUUCUGAGACUUGCUUGUGCAACAGUGUUUUGGAUACACUUCUCCAAGGGGAAGCGGCGUUACUGGACAUUUUCCCUUGUGGAGGAAAUUGAAAAUGGGAUUUUAAUUUGGACACAGUGUGUAUCAAAAAGCUAAGUGUGUUUCCCCUUGAAACUUUUUGUGUUUACGGAUUUUGCAUCUUGAACUUACUCUGUAUUUGCAGGUCUGUCCGGUUUCUUUCUUGUACGUCUCCUCCAUGCGGUGCAUUUCAGACGCCCCCGCUGUGUUUGAACAGAUGUCGACUCUCAUUCGCAACUUGUACCGAUCUGUCCGUGUCCCUGCCGCGGGCAGGCAACGCAUGUGAUAAACUCCUUAGUCAUUCCAUACGUGUUGACGCCGAGAUGAGCCAAAGUGCUGUUUUUUGGAUUAACCGGUGGGGGGAGAGGAGGAGGGGGCAGACCAGCUGCGUCCAGCACGAUGGAAAACCACCCUCCCCCUCGCCCCCUCCCGGAGACAUUUCGGUUCCCUUUACUUACGGUGCAAAUAAAUCCAGCAGUGGCGCGUUUGUGAA